AUGGGCGUCGAUAUCGAUUAUACUUUUGUACAAGUAGCAGUGGGUCAGGAGAUGGUCGACUUCAGCGGAAACUGUGGAAAUAUGUGCGCUGGUGUUGGGCCAUUCGCUUUACAAGAGGGAUUAGUACGGGCACGGCCCGGAGAGAAGACUCUCGAUGUACGGAUCUUCAACACUAACACAUCGCGGCUCAUUGUCGAUACCGUUCAAGUAGAUGAGGACGGGUCGUUUGAUGAAGACGGAGACUACGCGAUACCAGGCGUCAAAGGAACCGGAAGCGAAGUUAAGGUUGCCUUUGUGGAUCCUGCCGGGAGCAUGACCGGAACCCUCUUUCCUACUGGGAGACGAUACGAUAAUAUUCAUGUUAAAGGGCAAGACGGGGAUGGCUUCUCUGUCAAGGCGACAUUAAUUGACGCAGCGAAUCCUUUUGUCCUAGUCGACGAACGAACAUUAGCGCCAAACCUAAGGAGAGGUAGCAAAGACACCGCCGUCUAUCUCAAGCACAUGGAGUCAAUACGAUGUACUGGCGCCGUUAUGAUGGGUCUCGUUUCUGAUGUAGACGCUGCUGCAAAAGUCCGCGGGACACCGAAGCUGGCUAUCGUUUCUUCUACUCAACCAGACGAUCGUUCUCGGGAAGAUACUCCGGACGUUCAUGUCCAGGCCUUUAGUAUGGGCAAACCCCAUCCAAGCCUGCAGCUCACAGGUGCAGCAUGCUUGGCGUCGGCAGUAUGCAUAGAGGGCACGGUAGCCCACGACGUUGCAUCCGGCGGCAAGGCACAGGUGUCCUGGCAGCCGUCUUCACCUGAGCGGACACCGAGUCCAUGCUCAGACUCUGAUGAUAGUUCAUUCGAUCUUCUGCCAAGCCAGAGGAGACUCUGGACGGAUAGGCCACGUUGGACCGCGGCGCAACAGUCGACUCCUGGCCAUGCCAACAUGUCAAAAGCAUCCACGUCCUCAUUGCCCCUCUACAAUGCCGCGGGCCUGCCCUCCAAGUCUUCGCGGUCCUCUUCGCCAAUGCUGCAGCCGCCAGACGCCAUCAAGCGCAGCACCACGCCCUCAUCAAUAACAUCCGCCCAUUCCCUCCUCUCUGCACAGGACACGGCCCACAAGCUCUCGACGUCGAUUACACAUGGCCUCUCUGCCUCCGACGCCUCGGCGCGCAUCCACACUCACGGCCUCAACGAACUCCCCCACGAAGAGCCCGAACCGCUAUGGCUCCGCUUCCUCAAGCAAUUCAAGGAGACGCUCAUCUUGCUGUUACUCGGCUCCGCUGCUGUAUCCCUAAUACUGGGCAACUUGGAUGAUGCAGUGAGCAUUGCUGUGGCCGUGACCAUCGUGGUGACAGUGGGCUUCGUGCAGGAAUACCGCUCGGAGAAGUCAAUUGAGGCGCUGAACCAGCUGGUCCCGCAUUCGGCACACAUCAUUCGCGCUGGGGUGGAGCAACCACGGAGCGGCCGCAUACCGAAUGGCACCUCAACUGACGGCUUAGAGUUGGAGAAUCUGAAAGACACCACUUCAGCCCUGUCAGCUGCGGAGCGCAAGUCAACUACGAUAUCUGCGACGUUGUUGGUACCUGGCGACCUCGUCCUCUUCCACACGGGAGACCGCAUCCCGGCCGACAUUCGUAUCACGCACGCGGCAGACCUCAGCAUCGACGAGUCGAACCUCACCGGAGAGAACGAGCCUGUCUCAAAGUCGCCAGACACCAUCACACCUCCGCCGGGCGUACAACGACCAUCUUCACCUUUCUACGCGUCCGAAGCCGCAGGAACGGUCGGCGCUGAUAUACGACUGAAUGAUCAGAAGAACAUCGCUUUCAUGGGUACAUUGGUUAGAUCGGGUUACGGACAAGGAAUCGUUGUCGGUACAGGAGGCAACACGGAGUUUGGUGCCAUUUCUGCAUCUCUGCAGCAGAUCGAAAGCCCCCGGACGCCUCUCCAACUUUCAAUGGACCGUCUGGGCAAAGACCUGAGUUACAUGUCUUUUGGAGUCAUUGCCUUAAUUGGUCUGGUAGGGCUAUGGCGCGGUUGGAAGUUCAUCGAGGUCUUCCAGAUCGCGGUCUCACUCGCUGUCGCCGCUAUACCCGAAGGACUGCCGAUUAUCGUUACUGUCACGCUUGCGCUGGGUGUGUUGAGGAUGUCCAAACGCGACGCUAUUGUUCGGAGAUUACCCAGUGUUGAAACGCUGGCUUCUGUCAAUGUCGUGUGCACUGACAAGACGGGCACGUUGACCACAAACCACAUGACCGUUACGAAGAUAUGGCAUUUUGAAGAAGCGGCACCGAUCGAUGUUAAGACGAAGCACGACUCCGAGGACCUCGAUUCGCCGACCCGUAACAUACUUCGAAUUGGCAACAUUGUCAACAACGCCCGCUUGUUGAGCGACCAGGCAGCCUCAGCGUCCACGGCAGCGGUACUUUCUUCGACUCUGGGAGGCGAUGACAACACAGCUGCCAAGAGCCGAUGGGUCGGUCAACCCACCGAUGUCGCGCUCUUAGACCUGAUGGACGCUUUCGGGGAAGACGACAUCCGGGAAAGACUCGGCGAGCGCAAGUUUGAGACACCGUUCAGCUCGGAGAGGAAGUGGAUGGGAGUCGUCGUUGGCGGUAAUUCCGGCAACCUCACCCCUGGAUCGGAGCACGCAUACAUCAAAGGCGCACUCGAACGGGUUCUAGACCGCUGUGAUACCUACGUAACGGCACAAGGGAAAGAGGUGGCACUGGACCAGGCACACAAGCAAGAAGCGAUGAAGGCCGCCGAUGCAAUGGCGCAAGAAGGCUUACGUGUACUCGGCUUUGCAAGCGGUGCGUCUCGCGGAAAGAAGAGGAAUGCCAGUGGUACCGCCUCGCCUGCUCCGUCCACCAGCUCCGCGCUUGGUGAUGAUGAGCAGUACCGCGGUCUUGCAUUCGCGGGCUUGGUCGGCAUGAACGACCCACCUCGUAAGGGUGUAGAAAGAGCCAUUCGGAGACUCAUGGCCGGCAAAGUCAAGGUCAUCAUGAUCACGGGAGAUGCAGAGACCACAGCAGUCGCCAUCGGCAAGAGUCUGGGUAUGCCAAUUAUGCCAAACUCAGCACUUGGACGCUCAGUCAUCCGUGGUGACGAACUGGAUCACAUGAGCGAGGAGGAACUUGCUCAGGCGAUUGCUACAACCUCGAUCUUUGCGCGAACUAGUCCUGAGCACAAGAUGAAGAUUGUCCGAGCGCUGCAAUCACGAGGCGAUGUCGUGGCAAUGACUGGUGACGGUGUCAACGAUGCGCCUGCGCUCAAGAAAGCAGAUAUUGGCAUCUCCAUGGGUCGACUUGGUACAGAUGUCGCCAAGGAAGCCGCAGACAUGAUUUUGACAGAUGACAACUUUGCGACUAUCCUCAACGCGAUCGAAGAGGGCAAGGGCAUCUUCUACAACAUCCAGAACUUCCUUACUUUCCAACUCAGCACCAGCGCGGCAGCAUUGAGCUUAGUACUCCUGAGCACCUUCCUUGGCUUCCAGAAUCCGCUCAAUGCCAUGCAGAUUCUGUGGAUCAACAUCCUCAUGGACGGCCCACCCGCACAGUCCCUCGGCGUAGAACCCGUCGACCCAGCCGUCAUGGCGCUUCCCCCUCGCCCACGCCACGCUCGCGUCCUAACCCGCCCACUCAUCCAACGCGUCCUCCAAUCUGCCACCAUCAUCAUGCUCGGCACCCUCACAACCUACUACCUCGAAAUGUCGACCGACAACCUCGUCACCGCCCGCGACACAACCAUGACCUUUACCUGCUUCGUCCUCUUCGACAUGUUCAACGCACUUACCUGCCGCUCCUCCAGCAAAUCCGUUCUUGCAGGCGAGAUUGGUGUCUUCGACAACAAGAUGUUUAAUUACGCUGUCGCGGGCAGCUUGCUUGGACAGCUAGCUGUUAUCUACUUUCCGCCGCUGCAAAGUGUUUUCCAGACUGAGGCCCUGGGUUUGGGCGAUCUCGCGCAUCUUGUUGCGGUCGCUAGUUGUGUGUUUUGGGCUGAUGAGGGCAGGAAGUGGUAUGUUAGGUGGAAGGGGCGGAGGGGGUAUGGUGGGGGGUAUAGUACUGUUGUUUGA